AUGGCAAUUCGCGUUUACGAUGAGUUCACCACACCACCACCCCGCCAUAGACCCAAGCGUCUUCCCAUUCGAUGUGCAGGUAGAGGUCAUAAAUUGAUAUGGGACGCCGUCGCCCCCCGUCGCUCUCUCGGCACUCUAAACCAACGGGCAGGGACCUCUCGUAAUCAUCUGCAAUCUAAUCCGAAGUUGGAGCACAUCGAUUUUGAUUGUUCUCCUCUGCAAGACUAUGGACUGACCCGCCACGCGUCCCAGUUAAAACGUAAAGGAAGACUAGCUGAAUUCGAGUCACUGCCGAGCCCAUUGCGUUCAUUCGAAUCAAUGUCCCUGGAAGACGGUCCUUUUUGGACAUCCACUCCUCUGAAGCCAGCGAUAACUCGCGGCAAGAGAUCACCCCUCCGACCAGAUUGCGAUAUCGGCUCUCCCCAGAUGGGGCGAAAUGACAAGAGAAGAAGACUAGAUAGCCCAGGUAAAGACUCAGCUGGGUAUCAAACAUCAUCGAAAAUCAGAUUCAACUACCCUAGUCAAUUACAUCAGAAGGACAAAGCCAAACCCAUGGGUGAUCGUUUUUCGGAGAUGAGAGCAUCCCUUAUGAAGCCUGUUGUGUUCGACCUGAAUCGACGGCCAAACCACGGCAGGGCGCCCAAGCGAGAGUUCAUGGAAAUCUGCGGCACAAACAAACCUUUGCUUUCAGGAAAGCCCACGUCUUUCGAGACCCCAUUCGGGGCUAAUGCGCGAUGUCUGCGGAUAUGA